AUGGAAAUAAUGUUGAAGGGUUUGCCUGUGAAGGUCGUAAAUAUUCCAUGGAGGAAUAAUAACCUCAGUACUCUGCAUACAGACCCCCCUCUGUCCGAACAAGGAGAGACGAUCAUUGGAGUCUAUCUGUUAGUGUUGGGAUGGCUGUCCUGGUUUGGAAACAGUUUAGUGAUGUUUGUCCUGUACAGACAGCGGGCCUCGCUUCAGUCAACAGAUUUCCUCACUUUAAAUCUUGCCAUCUCCGAUGCCAGCAUCUCCAUAUUCGGCUACUCCAGAGGGAUCCUAGAAAUAUUCAAUAUCUUCAGGGAUGACGGGUAUUUGAUCAACUGGAUCUGGACCUGCCAGGUAGACGGUUUCUUCACCUUGCUCUUCGGCCUUGCAAGCAUCAACACCUUGACCGUUAUCAGCGUCACCAGAUACAUCAAGGGAUGCCACCCAAACAAAGCUUACUGUAUCGGCAUUAACACCAUCGCCGUAUCGCUCAUCUGCAUCUGGACCGGAGCGAUGUUUUGGUCCGUUGCUCCACUGCUGGGCUGGGGCAGCUACACAGAUCGAGGUUAUGGCACCUGUGAGGUGGACUGGUCCAAAGCCAAUUACUCCACCAUCCACAAGUCCUACAUCAUCUCCAUCCUAAUCUUCUGCUUUUUCAUCCCUGUGAUGAUCAUGCUCUUCUCCUACGUCUCCAUCAUCAACACAGUGAAGAGCACUAACGCCAUGUCAGCUGAUGGUUUCCUCACCACCCGCCAAAGGAAGGUGGAGAGAGAUGUCACAAGGAUUUCCAUUGUAAUAUGCACCGCUUUCAUCAUGGCCUGGUCCCCAUAUGCAGUGGUGUCUAUGUGGUCAGCCUGGGGCUUCCAUGUGCCAAGCACAACCAGCAUCAUCACCCGUCUCUUUGCCAAGUCUGCCAGCUUCUACAAUCCGCUCAUCUACUUCGGAAUGAGCUCCAAGUUCCGCAAGGACGUCUCUGUGCUGCUGCCGUGCACACGAGAGCGCAGGGAGGUGGUGCGUCUGCAGCACUUUAAAAACAUCAAACCCAAGGCUGAGGCCCCACCCCCACCUGCAUUACUUCCUGUCCAGAAGCUGGAGGCGAAAUACGCCACAUCCAGUCCUGACAGCGACUCGGGGGUCAACAGCCCUCCUCAGACUCCUCCAACUGACCCACAGGAGGUCUUUUGUAACAGUGACCUGCCCUCGCACAUUGAAACAUCAGAGUACUGGUGUGACAGGCUCUGAAGACAUUUCAACCAAUGCUUGAAUUACAAGGGGAGAUAAAGAGUAUUUUUAUAUUUUUUGGUCUUACCCGUGUUAAUAAACUGUAUGUAACCAAUGUUAAUAAAUUAUUUUCUGAAUCUCACACUUGUUGAAGCAAGACUUUUUACUUCCAACUCCUACAACAGCUUUUUUUAGCAAAUCCAAAUUGGUAACAGCUUAAAAAUUAACGAGUGAGAUGUUUACUGAUGUAUUUUAAAUCGUAGAACAAAACGUUAAAAUCUCUACAGCUUGUGUUAAUUAUACAGACCUUAUUUCCGGCAUCUAACUAAAAACCCAUUCAAAAAACCCAUUGACUUCCAGAUGAGGGAACCGGAAGUCCUAAAAUGCUAACUCAUUUUUGGGUUUUAGGACUCAAUCCUGCUCCACUCUCUAUCUCCAGCUGAUGAGAUGUGCAGUCGGUGAUGUAGUGAGAUAGAUGCACGAUAACAUCUGAAAACACUGAACUGUCCUCGGCUCAACUGAAGCAUGUGAUGGCACCAAAUUGUGCCAAUCCCCCCGCUGCCCCUAAGGGCACCCAUGACAUCAGUUCUCCCAUAUAUCCACCACUCCCUGAUAGAUGCCAGACUACACUUUGUCAAGUACAACCAUGUCUAUAGAGAGGCGAAGUCCUGCCCCCUCCGGUGAACGACCAAAGGACCUUUUUUUUGGAAAAAAUAUGUACGGUAGUCAACGGAGAGAGACCGAUAUUUUUUGAUACUGUUUGAAUUGCGCAAUGAAUCACACAUAUGAAUGUUUGUCAAUUUAAAACAUAAUUUUGCAAGU